CAAUAUUUGCUUCGCGCAAGUGCUCGAAUUUCUUCCCGCCUCCCACGGUCAACGAGCGAGCUCGGGUAAUUCAUCGCACUGGAAUUCGCUAGCUCGCAGCACAGAAAGGCACCGUGAAGAAGAAGAAGAAGAAGAAGAAGAAGAUGCAGACAGACUGGCUGGACGAGGGAAGAGCGAGGUAACCAAUCCCUCACCGGACGCUCUGUCCCCCGCGCAAAAUCUUUAGCCUCCCUUUGGUGGGGGUUGAGGUGGGUGGGGGGGGGGGAAUAGGAACCGUUUUGUGAACUCUUAAGCUGGCUGCGCAGCCGACGAAAAGUCUGAUGAGAUGUUCGUGAAGGAUUGGAGUGAAGGAGCGUUUCGAUUAUCGGAGAAGGUUGCAGCGAAAUAUAUCGGAUCGAAGGCAGGGGAGAGGACGUAAGGGACUCUUCUCGAGUUCAGAGGUUCAGUCGACCGCUGGGGGAAGCAGAGCGCAGCGCGGACAUUCUCUCGUAUUGGUUGAUUGGUCGAUGCUCUCUGUGUGCGUCUCGUACAGACAUCGUUGUCGAAUUUUCAGCUUUGAAAGUGAGAGCUGCUGCUGCUGGGAAAUUGAGGAGCCCGAAGAUGUUCGAAGCUCGAUGUAGAGAUUUCCAGUGAGCCAGCUCGCCCUCGUACCAAGAAACCUCGGUGCGCGAAAGUCGUGGGUCUGCACUUUGCAAUUUCAAAGCCAGGCUAUCCGAGCUGGGCUGGCCUGGAUGGACCGAGAUGGGGCAAUCUUCCAGUUGUGAAGAUUUCGGAUGGUUCCAGAGCAUGAAGGGGCAUGAGUCCCUGAUCUUUAUGGACCAGGGCGGGAUGGAUUCGUGCCGAGCAAGUGUCGACCUCUUGCAGAGUUUCACCUGGACAACUGAAGAAGUGGACGACUGUUACAGAAAGUCGCAGCAUGAAGUGCAGGAUCGAAAGUAUGAAGAGAUGGACGAUCGAAGCGGCGAGAAAAGUCGCGUUCAUAGUUUGGAAGAGGAGUUGCUGGCGGAGUCAGAUGCUAUAGAAGAGCUGGAGACCAAGAUGCAGAUUCGACUCAUGGUCGCCGAAGCGGUUUGGAAGGGCUUGUUGCGGGCUGUGGAGGAUGUCUCGUCGAGAGCCACGGACGUCAAGGAGGCAGAGUUAGUGAGGGUCAGGCAAGAAUUGAAAAGCAGAGAUGCAGUCAUCGCCGAUCUCACUCAGGAGUUGAAGACGAAAUAUGAUGAGCUGAACGAGGUUGACGAGCUCAGGCACCAUGACCUUCUGGAUGAAGUCAGUAAAGGGAAGGAUGUUGCUCACUGCUUGGAGGAGAAAUCUCGAAGCUUGGCCCUCAUGGAAGACAAAGUUGAGCUUCUGAAUUGCAAAAUGCAGGAGCUGAUAACGGCGCAUUCUUCGCUCAUUCAAGAGAUCGGAAGCCAUAAAGAGAAGAUCGAAGAUCAGCGCAGUCAGAUUGCCCAGCAUGAGUCUGCUGUUCAUGAAUCUGAAAGGCGUUGUCAGAUGCUGCUACUUGUCGUCAAACACUUGCAAGAUGAAAUUGCAGUUCUGAAUUCCAAGCGUUUAGCACAUGAAGAAGCGGCAAAGCUGGCCGAAACCGAAAUGCAGGAGCAAAAUUGGAAACGCGAGGCAGAAAUCACACUCAUCAUGACAGCGCUGGAAGGGAGAGUGAUGGAUUUGGAGACAGAAUUAUCCCAUUUAGGGGAGGACGCUUUGGUGAAUCAGGUCGAGACAGUCACGUCGAAAUCCCGAAUUUUGCAGCGGCUGUCUUCAGAACUCAGAGACUUGCGGGCUUCUAAAGUUGCCCUCGAAACCAGACUCGAAGACACUCAAGCAGUCGUGAGAUUCUGGGAGGAGAACAUGCGCUCGGAGGAGCUGAAGCUGGCUGAUAAUGCUAAGGAGUUGAAGCUUGCACAGAGGGAGAUUGCCGAACUUGAGCGAAAGCUAUCUCUGAACGAAAGCCUUCUUCGAGAUUUUGAAACCGAAGUGAAUGAGAUCCGAAAAAGCGAGGACGAAUUGAAGGAGCAGCAGAAGGCACUGGAUGCUGUGAAUGGAAGUCUGAGACUGGAGCAGGAGAAGACCGCUCUCUUGGAGCAGGAACUCCGCGAACUGAAGGAGGGCCAUCUAGCUUGCAGCUUGGAGGAGAAUGUUUGGGAGGUCAACUUUCAGGUUAUGUUAGUGAGUGCCUUCAUGGAGAGCACGUUUCAGGACUUUUUAUCAUGGUCAGGGAAGAGCAGUGGACUUUCAGAAAACGGCGAAGAAAGAUGUAAUCGAGUUUUAUGUGAGAAAUCUGAAGUAAACAGGGUGGGAAGCCGAAGUGCGUUCAUCUCUGAUUCUGGGACGCAGUUACAACACAAUACGGAAGGGAAUGGUAAUGAGUUAUUAACAGCACAAGCAAGAUCUGCGGACAUUUGCACCAAGUCACAGAGCGUAGAGCGUAGUGAAAGUGAGAAUAUGAGAAAUGAUGUAGAACGGAAAUUGGUUGAAGAAGAGGAACGAGGAAUUGAGCUGCGUGAAACUCUACAGGAGAUCGAGUGGCGAAGUCAAAUAGAAAACAUCCUGGUUCUUGGGUAUGCAGAGAAAUUUUGUCGGGAACAGCUAGAGAGGAAAAAUUCAUAUGCUUCGAGAUAUGUUGAAGUUAGUUGCAGAAAUAGAGAACUCGAGAAAGAGGUUGCAGAGCUAAACGACUUGAAAGUUGUUUUGGAACGUCAUUUGCCAUCUGCUUGUAGAGAGAUAAAAUCAGGGGUUGAAGAACAGAUCCAGAACUUACUCGCAUCAAUGCACCGGAUGGAAGGUAACUUUGCCGAGAGAUUAGAACAUCUCAAUGUACGUCUGCACCAAGCUGAUAUUUCACUCAUCCAGAAGUCGGCUUUGCUUUGUCGUAGCGAAGAAGGUUACGAGCUAAAUCUCGUUAAUCUUCGAAAAGCAGAGGCAGAAGUUGAUUUUCUGGGAGAUGAAGUCGAUGCUUUGAUGGAUACGUUAGAGAAGGUGUACAGAGUGCUCAGUCACUAUCACCCCGUUAUCCAACUGUAUCCAGGUCUAGCAGAACUUUCCAAAGAGGUUAAAACGCAGGUCCUUCAGCGAGUUUCCGACGAUGAUGGAUAGUGCUUGUGACACAAGCCUUGGUGCUCAGAUCUGUACAUAAGUGUCUUGCCCACUGGUUGCCACAAGAUCGUAGGGAUCCACAAAUCUAGAGUUCAGUCUGCGAUUUUCUGCGUGAGUUAUAUGGAGUCGGCGCACUUGAGGGUGCUUAGGAUUUUUCUCAAUCACAUGAUUGAAACAAGAUGCAUGUAAGAUAUAAACCUCGCUAGUAAAAGGUAGUGAUGUAAAAAGGAAAUUAUUUCGCCCUUGAAAUGUAAAUGUAAUAUGAAAGAUCUGAUUGAAGACCCCAAUUCAACAGUGUAUGCCAAUUGAGUAGAAGCUACUACAGUACUUCUAAUUCCACGCCUAUGUGGCAACGGGGCUUGAAACAGGAAGAAACAGGUAAAAAGGAAUACCUAAAGAGGCCAUACUGCCGAAGGAUUGCACCAAGAGUUUCACCAUUUACACCAUCGCAGUUCUCUACUUAUUCCUUCGUCCAGCCAGAAUGGUGAAAUUUGAGGAGCAUGACAAACCAUUCCACUUCAUUCCACUUUAGAAUAAUUCACCGACCGCCACUCUCGGGGGUAGAGGGCAAAAGUGAUGAAAAAUCUUGAAGCGAGUUUCUGAUUUCGAAGUUGUCAAGUAUGGUACUUGUAUACUUCCACGACGGCUGAAAG